UCAGCUGCAAGCUGACAGAGCAUCAGCAAUUCAGCAUCGUAGCGAUUUUUCCAUUUUCUGCGUUAUCGGUUUUAUUUGAUUCUACUAGAACUGCAGGCUGCAGCCGUCGUCAUUUUUAUCUGUUGCGUCCCUUGGUAAAUACCUUGUCACAAAGAAUAUUCGGCUGCUUUCCAUACUGGUAUCGGUGCCGCUGUUGGAGAAUUUGGUUUGGUAGUUUGUGCUUUCUUGGUGUUGUGUGCCGCGCUUAAGCAUCCAAGCACGUCAACGAUGGGUCCACUGCGAUGGGGAUUCGUAGGAGCAGGAAAGAUCAGUAACGAUUUUGCAUCGUGUCUGCAGAUCCUGCCGCCCGAUGAGCAUCAGAUGGUGAGUGUGGCGGCCAGUGAUGUCGGGAAAGCCAACGAGUUCGCCAACAUCUUCGGCUUCAAGAAGGCCUACGGAACGUACGCGGCCAUUGCCGCUGAUCCCGAUGUCGAUGUGGUGUACAUCGGUACCAUCAACAGCAACCACUAUGAAUUGGCCAAACUAAUGCUGGAGAACGAUAAACACGUCCUGUGCGAGAAGCCCCUGACGCUGAUGCUGGAGCACACCCAGGAACUGAUUGCGCUGGCUGAGAAGAAGAAAAAAUUCUUCCAGGAGGCGGUGUGGAGUCGCUUCUUCCCGUCGUAUCACAAACUGCGCGAGACCCUGAAGGCCCGCUCCAUCGGGGAUGUGCGGCUGGUGUCGGUGCAGUUCGGCUUCAAUGCGCCGCACGUCGACCGGCUGGCCCGCAAGGAGCUGGGCGGCGGCAGUCUAGUGGACAUUGGCGUCUACUGCAUCCAGUUUAUCCUGGCCGUCUACGGGCCGGAAAUGCCGGACAUCGUCAAAGCGAUCGGCAAACUCAAUCACGAAGGCUGCGAUAUGAGCGUGAAUGCCGUUCUGCAGUGGAAAGAUGGGCGUUCUGCGCAGUUUGCCACGACAUUCUUAACUGAUUUGCCGAGUGAGGCUUACGUUUACGGCAGCGACGGCUCCAUUAAGAUGCCGCGUCCCUUUUGGUGCACCACCGACUGCCAUGUCACCGAGCUGCGCGAUGAAUCCAGCGGGCCGAAAUCGCACACGGCGCAGAAGACGGCGCACGAGGAGAAGCACAGCUUCCCGCUGCCGGUCACCACGCAUCCGCUGGUGUUUGAGAACGGUGCCGGGAUGGUGUACGAGGCGCAGGAAGUGCGCCGCUGCAUCCAGAACGGUCUGCUGGAGAGCCCGCACAUGACACACCAGGAGACACUGCUGAUUGCCACCAUUCAGGAUCAGAUUAAGCGGCAGAUCGGGUUGUCCUACGAUGAGCUGUAUGUCGACGGGGGGCUGAAGAUUACCAAGGCGGUGCCGUAAAGAUUUCCCCGAGAGUAUUUGGUAAUUUAGUAGCAGCGUUGUCGGUGGUUGGUAGUAGUGAUUGAUGGUGUAGUUUUGAUAGAAUUUUCUGUACGGUGAUUUUGAUGUUCCUGUUUUAUUUUGCUACAUUUUUCUGCUGUCGGUUUAAGUCUUUUUUACUGGGAAAUAAUUUAACCGCUAAUGUUAAAGCAAGUAUGGUGAACUUAAAUGAUUUGUCGAUAGUUAUAAAAUUGAUGUUUUAACAUUUGACACAGAACAGCGCUGAUCAAAUAAAAGUUUCUUUUUA